GCAGUCUCCCCUGGACAAGCACUUUUUUUGUAAGUCCUAGGAGUGAACUCCAGGACCAGGACUCUUCUCCCAGCCGCUACAGCCCCCGCUCAGCCACAGGCCUUCCUUGCCAUGCGACCUGUCAGUGUCUGGCAGUGGAGCCUGUGGGGGCUGCUGCUGUGCCUGCUGUGCAGCUCAUGCCUGGGAUCUCCAUCCCCAUCCACGGCCCCUGAGAAGAGGGCUGGGAGCCAGGGGCUACGGUUCCGGCUGGCCGGCUUCCCCAGGAAGCCCUUCGAGGGCCGCGUGGAGAUCCAGUGGGCUGGCGAAUGGGGCACCAUCUGCGAUGACGACUUCACACUGCAGGCUGCCCAUGUCCUAUGCCGGGAGCUGGGCUUCACAGAAGCCACAGGCUGGACCCACAGUGCCAAAUACGGCCCUGGAACAGGCCGCAUCUGGCUGGACAACCUGAGCUGCAGUGGGACUGAGCGGAGUGUGACUGAAUGUGCCUCCCGGGGCUGGGGGAACAGUGACUGUACCCACGAUGAGGAUGCCGGGGUCAUCUGCAAGGACGAGCGCCUUCCCGGCUUCUCGGAUUCCAAUGUCAUUGAGGUAGAGCAUCACCUGCAAGUGGAGGAGGUACGACUUCGACCAGCUGUUGGGCGGGGCAGGCGGCCCCUGCCUGUGACUGAGGGACUGGUCGAAGUCAGGCUUCCGGACGGCUGGUCGCAAGUGUGUGACAAAGGAUGGAGCGCCCACAACAGCCACGUGGUCUGCGGGAUGCUGGGCUUCCCUAGCGAAAAGAGGGUCAACGUGGCCUUCUACAGGCUGCUGGCCCGGCGGCAGCAACACUCCUUUGGUCUGCAUGGGGUGGCGUGCGUGGGCACGGAGGCCCACCUCUCUCUCUGCUCCUUGGAGUUCUAUCGUGCCAAUGACACCACCAGGUGCCCUGGGGGGGCCCCUGCGGUGGUGAGCUGUGUGCCAAGCCCUCUCUACGCAGCGUCCAGUGGCCAGAAGAAGCAACAAUCGAAGCCUCAGGGGGAGGCCCGAGUGCGAUUAAAGGGUGGAGCCCACCCAGGAGAGGGCCGGGUAGAAGUCCUGAAGGCUGGCACGUGGGGCACAGUCUGUGACCGCAAGUGGGACCUGCAGGCAGCCAGCGUGGUGUGUCGGGAGCUGGGCUUCGGGAGUGCUCAAGAGGCUCUGAGCGGUGCCCGCAUGGGGCAGGGCAUGGGUGCCAUCCAUUUGAGUGAAGUUCGAUGCUCUGGCCAGGAACCCUCCCUCUGGAAGUGCCCCCACAGGAACAUCACAGCUGAGGACUGUUCCCAUAGCCAAGAUGCUGGAGUCCGAUGCAACCUGCCCUACACUGGGGUAGAGACCAAGAUCCGACUCAGCGGGGGCCGCAGCCGACAUGAAGGGCGAGUCGAGGUGCAAACAGGAGGACCUGGGUCCCUUCGCUGGGGCCUCAUCUGUGGGGAUGACUGGGGGACACUGGAGGCCAUGGUUGCCUGCAGGCAACUCGGACUGGGCUAUGCCAACCAUGGCCUGCAGGAGACCUGGUACUGGGACUCAGGGAAUAUAACAGAGGUGGUGAUGAGUGGAGUGCACUGCACAGGGACUGAGCUGUCCCUGGACCAAUGUGCUCAUCAUGGCACCCAUGUCGCCUGCAAGAGGACAGGAAGCCAUUUCACUGCUGGAGUCAUUUGUUCUGAGACUGCGUCAGAUCUGCUGCUGCAUUCAGCACUGGUGCAGGAGACCGCGUACAUUGAGGACAGGCCCCUGCACAUGUUGUACUGUGCUGCUGAAGAGAACUGCCUGGCUAGCUCGGCCCGCUCAGCCAACUGGCCUUACGGCCACCGGCGUCUGCUCCGAUUCUCCUCCCAGAUCCACAACCUGGGACGCGCUGACUUCAGGCCCAAGGCUGGGCGCCACUCCUGGGUGUGGCAUGAGUGUCAUGGGCAUUAUCACAGUAUGGACAUCUUCACUCACUAUGAUAUCCUGACCCCCAACGGCACCAAGGUGGCUGAGGGCCACAAAGCUAGUUUCUGUCUAGAAGACACCGAGUGUCAGGAGGAUGUCUCCAAGAGGUAUGAGUGUGCCAACUUUGGAGAGCAGGGCAUUACUGUGGGUUGCUGGGAUCUCUACCGGCAUGACAUCGACUGUCAAUGGAUUGACAUCACAGAUGUGAAGCCAGGAAACUACAUUCUGCAGGUGGUCAUCAACCCCAAUUUUGAAGUAGCAGAAAGUGACUUCACCAACAAUGCAAUGAAAUGUAACUGCAAAUACGAUGGACAUCGCAUUUGGGUGCACAACUGCCACAUUGGUGAUGCCUUCAGUGAAGAGGCCAACAGGAAGUUCGAACGCUACCCUGGCCAGACCAGCAACCAGAUCAUCUAAGGUGCCACCACCCUCCUCUGCAGACCACAACUGGCCCCUAAUGGCAGGGGUCCGAGGCUGCCAUUACCUCAGGAGCUUACCAAGGAAUCCUUGACGUCAGCAGGCCCACAGCACUCAUCCAUUGUGCACUGUGGGUGUAGAACUGUCAAGCAGAAGUUACUGCCCUCCUUCUUACACCAGCUGUCUGGAUCUGUGGCCAGGCAUGGGGAAUUUUGCUCCCAGGCCCAGCACCAAACCAAGCACGCCACAAAGAGGCGCACCUGAUUGACUGCCCAGAAAAACAGACAUCAGCAGCUCGUUUUCUUGAAUAGGGAGGUCAGAAUGGUCAAUUCCAGUAUCUCCUCUCAGUUCAGGGAGAU